AUGGAUAAGCUAUGGUUAAUAUUUUUGAUUUGUCUAGUCUUGUUCUUUUAUUCAUUUAGUAACUACCGGAGUCGUCUAUGGAUACCUACGAGAUUGAAUAUUUCAUUAGACAAAUCUGAGGAUUCCAAGGCAGAACUGUUAAAUACUUAUUUAUUAGGCUCUUCAAGUGUUCAUAAUUCGAAUAUAUUAUCGAAAAAUAAAUCAUCAUCGUAUACUCAGUAUGCUGAAAGCCAAUCUAUGGUGCCCGUUGCAAAUGAUGUGGUGGAAGACAUAAAUAAAACUAUAAUAAUUUGCUCUAUAAAUAACAGAUACAUUGGAUGGGAAGCAUUAGGGCGAUUGGGUAACAUGAUGUUUCAAUAUGCUGCGAUAUAUAGUUUGGCGAAGGACACGGGAAAAAUUCCAACUUUAUUGGUAUCAACUGAAUAUUUAGAAGGAGCAAAAAUGUCCGAUUAUUUUAAAUUAAGUUAUCGAGAAAUGCCUGAAUUACCAAUGAAUUGUUAUAGUAGAGCUUCUGCCUUAAUUGGAUCUAAUGGGAGUUUAGAAAAAAGAUUUGACCUUCUAGCAUAUAAUACCUUACUAAUCGAUAAAGUAAAAAAUGAUGGAUAUAAUGUAUUCGAAGGGUACCCUAAUUCAUACAAAUAUUUUGAAAAAUAUAAAGAAGAAAUCAGGAGGGAGUUUACUUUCAGGAAGAAAAUCAAAUCUAAAGCUGACAGAUUUUUGGGAAAAAUAAAAGCGAGCUAUUUUGAGUCUAUUAACCGCCAUGCCGAGUCUAAAAACCGACAGCUGAUAUUCGUAUCCAUUCACAUUCGAAGAACGGACAUGAUCAGAUGGAUGGUAUAUAACCAAGGCACAAUUUCGGGAUUAGCUUACAUCAAAAAAGCUAUGAAUUGGUUUAAGGGUUAUUUUACCAAUUUAAAUGUUUACUUGAAUGAUAACAGAUCCAAUAAAUCUCUAAACUAUCAUUUCGCGUUUAUAGCGUGCAGCGAUGAUUUAGAGUGGUCCCGCGAAAAUUUGGGAAAUAUCGACAAUAUAUAUUUUUGCCCGGGAAUUUCACCGAUCGACGAUUUAGCCAUACUCGCAUCUUGUAAUCAUACGAUUCUAACGCAAGGCACAUAUGGGUGGUGGGGAGCCUACUUGAGAGGAGACUUGGGAGAUGGUAGCAUAACAAUUUACCCUUCAAACUUUUUAGCAAACACAUCCAUUCAAUUUAUCAAAAAAAAUUUUACGUAUGCUAAUUAUUAUCCCCAAAAUUGGAUAGGUCUGCCUAUAUAAACGAGUUAUUUUUGUGUUGGGGUACAAAUCAUAAAAAAUAUACAAUAAAUUUAUUCCCUAAUGAAAGAUUAUAUUAUGUUUUAUAUACAUUAAAUAAAUUUAUUUAUAGUAUAUUAUAUGUAUAAUAAAUUAUAUACAUCCACAUUUUUA